UUUGUCAAGGCAGAGUGGGCAUUUUCUCCACAGAAAAGAAGUUACGCUCAACCACUAUUUUCCCUAGAGUUUAGGUGACUGUGGCUCCCGGGGCAUGCUUCACGGAUGCUUCACAGAGUUGUGGUUGCUUUGUGAGUCUCUCAGUGCUCGGUGCUCUCCCCUGGCUGAGGUUCGCUGCAGCUGUAGCUUCUCAAUAGGGCUUAUUGUAGCUGCUGUGUGUGUUGUAGACGCGCGGAAUCUGCACGAGCAGCGCACUGAAUGCGAUCACGUUGAGCGGAGCGGAGGGAAGGACGUCUGUUGCGCAGGGAUGCUGCUUUUGAAUAUGUUUCCUUGACUUCUUCGGGAAGAGCGCGUGCAGAGCGGCUACUACGUGACGGAAUCCUUCUCAAUUUCCACAAAAACGUUUACAAUUGAUAAGCACGCCGAGGACCUGGAAGAAAAGGUUUGAGAGCUUCAACUACAACCAUCGUUCAUUCCUGUGGUCCUGUCUGUCAAUCACUGGUCGGACUGUCUCCUCUACCCUUCUACCUGAGCCAGUGCUGAGGGUGGUGCACAGCUUUCCAUAAUCCACCUCUAAGCUUUGAGAUCUUUGGCACCCAUUCAUUACGGAGGAGUGAAUUUUUUUGUUUCCUUUUUUUCUUUUUCGUUUUGUCCAAAUGAUGCAGAGGGGCUCUGCAAUUUGGAGUGGACUGAGUGUAAUGACUGUGCUGCUGUUGGCCCAGUGGGACAUGGGCUGCUGGGGAAUGACUCUGAACUCAGUCCCUCUCCGUCUGGCUUCUCAGAGGCAUAUCAGGGCUAAUGUGGGCACACCACUUCACAGACACAAGCGCAACUGGGUGUGGAACCAAUUCUUCGUCCUGGAGGAGUACACAGGAGACGAUCCUCUCUAUGUUGGCAAGCUUCACUCUGACGUGGACAAAGGUGAGGGGAAAGUCAAAUAUGUGCUCAACGGUGAGGGGGCAACCUCCAUUUUCACCAUCGAUGAGAACACAGGUGACAUACAUGCCACUAAGCGCCUGGAUCGGGAGGAGCAGGCCUACUACACGCUUCGAGCUCAGGCCAGAGACCGUGCCACCAACCUGCCAGUUGAACCCGAGUCAGAAUUUGUGAUCAAAGUGCAGGAUAUUAAUGACAAUGAGCCCAAGUUUCUGGAUGGACCAUACCAUGCCCAAGUUGCAGAAAUGUCUCCUGUUGGCACAUCUGUGGUUGAGGUUAAGGCGACUGACGCAGAUGACCCCACAUAUGGAAACAGUGCCAGAGUCAUCUACAGCAUCCUUGAGGGACAACCCUAUUUCUCAGUGGAACCAAAGACAGGCAUUGUGAGGACAGCUCUGCCCAACAUGGAUCGAGAAGCACGGGACCAGUAUCUGCUGGUGAUCCAGGCCAAAGACAUGGUGGGCCAGAUGGGAGGGCUCUCAGGAACCACAACAGUUACAGUCACACUGACGGACGUUAACGACAACCCGCCCCGCUUCACACGAAAAUCCUAUCAGUUUGCUGUGCCUGAAUCCCUGCCUAUGGCUUCAGUGGUGGCCAAGAUAAAAGCCUUGGAUUCUGACAUCGGACCAAAUGCUGAGAUGGACUACAGAAUUAUAGAGGGUGACGGCCUUGGGUUGUUCAGGGUCGCACCAGACAAAGAUACCCAGGAAGGAGUCAUAACUCUGCAGAAGAAUCUCGACUUUGAGACUAAGUCAAGCUACACUCUGAAAAUUGAGGCAUCCAACAGGAACAUAGACCCACAGUUCUUAUCUCAAGGACCGUUCAGUGACACGGCGAUGGUGAGGCUGACUGUGGAGAAUGUAGAUGAGCCUCCCAUUUUCUCCUCUUCCCUCAGUAAAAUGGUGGUCUCUGAAGCUGCUAAAGUGGGAACCAUCAUAGGAACUGUCUCUGCUCUGGACCCUGACUCCACCAACAGUCCCAUUAGGUAUUCAAUAGACAGAAACACUGACUUGGAGCGAUUUUUCAACAUAGAGGCAGCAACAGGGGUCAUCAGCACAGCUAAACCAUUAGACAGAGAAGCCAAUGCCAUACACAACAUCACCAUCCUGGCUAUUGAAAGCUUGGAUCCGUCACAGGUGGGCAAAGGCGUGGCUCUGAUCACAGUGAUGGACAUUAAUGACAAUGCGCCAGUCUUUGCCAUAGAGUAUGAAACCUUCCUGUGUGAAAGCGCUGGACCAGGAAAGGUCAUUGAAACCAUUAGUGCAGUGGAUAGAGAUGAACCGCCGAGCGGACAUCGCUUCUUCUUCUCUCUCACUGCAGAGACAGCUGGAAACAUGAACUUCACCCUCAGAGACAAUAAAGACAAUACCGCUUCUAUCCUGACUAAGCGGAGUGGUUUUCAGAGGAGGGGACAGGCUAUGUAUCGACUACCUGUAUUGAUAGUGGACAGCGGCACCCCUGCCCUCAGCAGCACUAACACACUGUCUAUAAGAGUGUGUGACUGUGACUCUGAUGGGACUCCACAGUCAUGCGGCACUGAGGUCUUUAUGCUGUCAGCUGGACUCAGCACUGGUGCUCUCAUUGCCAUCCUGGCCUGCAUCAUCACCUUGCUUGUUCUGGUGCUGUUGAUUGUGACAAUGAGGAGGAGGAAGAAGGAACCUCUGAUUCUGGAUGAAGACCGGGAUGUGCGGGAGAACAUUGUGCGCUACGAUGACGAAGGUGGAGGCGAGGAAGACACGGAGGCCUUUGACAUGGUAGCAUUGCGAAAUCUCAACAUAGUUAGGGACAGCAAAGCCCGAAGAGACGUCACCCCGGAGUUGCCCACCCUUUACUGUUCCCGCCCUCCCCCUUACAAAAUCACUCCCGACAAUGGGAUCUUUCGGGAGUUUAUAUGGGACCGCCUGAAGGACGCUGACGUCGAUCCUUCUGCCCCUCCCUAUGACUCCCUGCAGACAUAUGCCUUUGAGGGCAGCGGCUCAGUGGCCGAGUCCCUCAGUUCGCUGGACUCCCUGAGCACAGACUCAGAGCACAACUAUGACUAUCUGAGUGACUGGGGGCCACGCUUCAGGAAGCUAGCCGACCUGUACGGCCAUGGCGACAGCAGCAAUAUAUUCUCCUCCUAGCCAAGAUUAAAAUUCCUGCCAAGGUCUGCUCAAUCGAGGGCAUAAUGGAAAUGAACAAUGAUCAAGAGAGCACCACUGACUCAUUGCUUGAAGGAAGAGGGGAGCAAAAAAAGGGAACAUUCAAUGCGUGGGGGGACGUAUAUCUGCAUAGAGCAGUGGUUUUGUUAAAGAACAGACAGUGGAGAUUCAACUCUGAAGCACUUCUAUUUAAAAUUGCCGUUAGAUGCCAAGUCUGGAUUGGGGUGUGGUUGUAAAAGCCGGAGAGAGAUCUUCAGGCCCCAGAGGACCGUGGGAUGCAGGGCCUUAUGAGCUGGUCCAGGAAUACCAAUUGUUAAGAAGAGACAUUUGAAGUGCCCUCCCAUGGUUAUAAAUGAGUACAGUGUCAUCCAGCUAGCCACACAGCACUGAUGCUUGAAAGAUCAAUGUUUCUGUUCCAUCAGGUGUUACUAUGACUCAUGGAUUCUUCGUAAAAAAAAAACAAUCAAUAUGAAUUCAGCAACUGAGAACACCAAUAUCUUUUCCAUCGCCUAGUGAGGAACUGCAACUUUUGCUUUGUAAAAUAUUCUUAAUGCAUAGCUUCACAUCUGUUAUCAGGCCUUAUUUACACAUGAAAUUGCAGCUGAGGCGCAUUAAAAUAGCAAUUUCUGAAAUAUCCUGCAGAAAUGCUGACCAAAAUACAAGUCAAACUCGUAGAAAACAGGCUUUGAUGUAUCGAGCAGGACAGGCCCGAGUUGAUUUAAUAAUUGAAAAUGUAUAGUACUUGCCUUUCAGUUGAGGCUGUCAACCUGAGUUAUUUUGAGAUGUUAUUUUGUAAGUUUGUAGAGAGAAACCGUAUGACAGUGAAGGUUUUUGAAGGGAAGUCUUUUGUAUUAAGCCGAUUCCUUUCUUGAAAACCUCAAUGACAGACUCAAAGCAUCAAAAUGUUUUUGUAGUUCUCUAUGCUGUCCCGUGUACAGUUUUUGCAGUGGUUCUUGCUGAAUAUUGUGAGAUAAAAAGUUUUUUUUAUAAAAAAAAAAAAAACAAAACAAAAAAAACAGGCCUAUUGUUGAAAUGAAUUUCAGUGUGAAACUGUAAGGGGAAAAAAGAAUGUAAAGUAAUUAUCCUGAAUAAUAUUACUGGUGAGAUGUGAGCCAACGUAUAAGAUCAGGACAAUGCAGAACUAAUAAUACAGUAUAUUAUCAAUGUUUAACUGUUGUCCAAAAGGUUAUUAUGAUUUUGAAUUGUAACAAAAAAAAAUUACAGUAUCAGUCUACAGUAUAAUACACAUGCUAAAUUCUAAAGCUGGGAAGACAUUUUGUACAGAUUUUGUAAUAAAGCAAAUUACAAUACACAGCUUGG